AUGGAUGUCAGCUUGUACAGCACCACAUUGGAGGGUGAUCCUGCCCUUUAUGUCCACUACAGGGACGCACUCUCAAGAGAUGGAUUUUACGGCAAGGUUUAUCGCAUCUUAAAGACGGACGAGGGUGUCCUGUCAGUCAAGAUCACAGCGAUUUGCGGUGUUCAUGCUUGGGGUUCCGGGGAAUACGACGACCCGCAAGACUUUUUAUUCAAGAGCUGCGACGAGGAAGAGCUCCCGGCCUUCUACCAGACAAAAGACCCAGUGUGCAUGCUCUCGUCCGAUUUUACCGGAGGGGAAAGUUACACGGAUGGCGGCCGGCUGGAGGAGAUUUUCAAAGAGCAGAUCGAGGGCGAUAAGACGCCAGAGGAGGUGGUGGAAAAUGUGAUCAGCAAGGCCAAGAUCGAGAAGAGGCCGACGACAGCCAAGAGCGAAGGUGCCAACAGAGAGAUGCAGAGUGCGUGCAGGGAUGCUGAGAGCGAGACUAGGCCAGCAGAGGAGGUGAGGGAACCUGUGAAUAAAUACGACAAUGUAGUGUUCACGGAAGAGAUGUUGAUGAGAGCCGAGAGCACAGAUGCCAACAGGGAGAGUUCGCCCGGGUGUUGCAAUCGGGCAGAAAAAGGGAUAACAGAGUCAGAAUUCGGACUCGUCGAAGAAAGAGCUCGUGCCACCACCGAUAACAGCAACAACCUGCUCUCGUGA